AUGUUCAACUUCAACGAUUACGACUGUAUUGGAUUCGAUCUCGACAAUACAGUUUGCGAGUACAAAGAACCGGAAUUGAUUCAAUUGGUGUACGAUAUUUUAUCGAAUUAUUUGGUUACUGUCAAAAACUACGACCCCGAAAUAAUCCGUCCAUUGGAUGUAGAUUUCCUCCGCAAAGGACUGACGUUAGAUCUGGAAAAAGGUAACAUUUUAGAUCUCGGCGAUGACGGAACAAUUCUUACAGCUUGCCACGGCACCAAACCUCUAACAGAUACCGAAAUCGUAUCAAUUUACGGAGAAAAUAAGCAGUGGAAUUUAGCGUCGCACCAUUGCAAAAAUUUUCUGGCUACGUGGAAUGGAGAACUGUCGGAGAAGAUAAGGUCAAGUAUUGAUUAUUUUGACGUGGCUGUACCGUUAUUGUUCGGCCGUGUCAUCGACUCUUUGGACAAAAAAGAAAACUCUCGAGAAAGUUACAACGUGUGGCCGGAUAUACUUAGCGGAUUAUUUUAUAUGUUCCUUAAAGAACAUUUCCCAGAGGAUAAAGGCGAAUACUAUCCGGCGCUCAAAUACAAUCCUGAUAAAUACAUCAGAAAAUGUUCGUCUAAAUUAAUCGAGUGGCUCAAACAAAUGAAAAAUGCCGGUAAAGUCACAUUUCUGAUCACCGGAUCGAACUCGCAAUACGGUGCAUUUGUCGCUGAAUCUGCCUUGGGGCAGGACUGGGAGAAAUAUUUUGAUAUAAUCAUUUAUUUCGCUCGUAAACCAGGCUUCUUCGUUCAAAAACGUCCAUUUUGUGCGUCUGAUAGUGAAGAUAAUGAAAUACCGAUCUCGGAUCUAAAAUGUCCGGGCAGUUACAGUCAAGGAAAUUGGUCAGACUUAUUCGAUCUUUUAGCCAAAACCACCGGGAAAAACGAUCCAAAAUGCGUGUACGUUGGCGAUAACCUCAUUCAAGACGUGUACACUCCGUCAUUAUUCAAAGACUGCGAUACUGUUGCUGUGGUCAAAGAAUUAGCUGCCGAAUGUGAUAAUAAAGAUGAAUUAUUCGUUUCUAAAAGAUGGGGAUCGUUUUUUUACAGUAAACAAGAUGAAAAGUUCACCAUUUGGGGAACUGUAAUACGUAAACAUGCGAAAAUUUGUGUUCCCGAUUUAACUUGGUUUUCCAAUAAACCUUUCGAUACACAGUACCCUGAAUUUCAACCGUGUGACGAAAAGGAUAAUUUGCGUAACCUUCAAGGUUUCCAAGAAUUUAUUCCAGAAUGUUUUCUUUAAUCAUUUAUAAUCAAGUUAUCUUUUUUUAUCAAACUUCCAGUUGCCAAGUUUAAUUUUUUGUGAUAUUUUAUCCAAUAAAAAGAUUCGUUUGUUUAUUUUUCCAUUAA